UUUCAUAAUUUUACUCUUAUAUAGAAGUAAAAAACCUACAAAGAAUGGACCUAGUAGAGAAGCCAGAUGAACCGACAGCUGUGAUACGCAUGAAGAGAGACUUUGAUGAAUUUAUCUCAGGAUCUAAGCAAAAUAGGAGUGGCAUUAACUUUAAUUUGGAUCAAGAUAUCACAGAAGAUCUAGGAGUACAAAACUUCCCUCAUUCCGUAUUUUCUGUCAAUUCCUUAUUAGAGAAGGAAAGAAAAGUAAAUUUAUUGAAGGACAUAGAGUUAAAGAAAGCACAGUGUGAAAUUAAUAAAUUAAAAAGUGAACUGGUUUCAGAGCAAACAUCUAGAAAAAGAUUCAGGAUAGAACUAGAAAAGGAUUUAAAUUCAUCAAAGGGAGAAAAAGAGAGAUUGGAGGAAAAGGCUAGGGAAGUGAAGAGUCAGCUGUCCUUAUUGUGUGAGAGAGAAAAGAAAGCAACAACAGAAAACGAAGAAGUCAGAGCAGAACUUAUUCAGAGAAAGAAACAGUAUAAUGACAGCUUAUCUGUUUUACAGACAGAUGUCCAUAGGUUGAAGGAGGAACUACAGCAGACUAGGGAAUCAGCAGCAGAGGAGCAGAAAGGACUCCGUAAUCAAUUAUUUCAGGUUCAGUCGGAGCAGAGGACCUCAAAAACUGAACUAGAGAAAACCCAAGCACUUCUCAGUCUUCAGAAAAAUUUGACAAAAGACUUGCAGAUGAAAAUUGAUGAUCUGAACCAAUAUAAAACCAAAUCUGAAAAAGCUGAGCACAGAAUCAAGGAAUUAGAAUUUAAAAUCAGCCAAUCAGAAGAGGAUGCUGUAGUUAAUAGGUCAAUGAGAGAAAAACUGGUCUCUGUAGCAGGGCUCGAAAAAGGCAUUCAGAAAUUAAAAGAAGAAAAUGCUCAUCUAAGGGAAAUCCAAGAAAACAACAUUCUUUUGAAAGAACAGGCAGAAAACAUGAAACAACAAUUAGAGAGGAGUGAAAUUCGAUGUGAAAGGUUGUCUCAAGUGGAAGCUGAAAAUGAGGAAUUAAAAGAGAAACUGCAGAAAUGGGAGGAGAUCAAGGCAGAGAAUGGAUCGCUUCAGACACCUACACAACUAAGCCAAAGAUUAGCUCAUUUACAAGAAUCGCAGGCAAUAAUGUUAGAAAAGCAGGGACACCUCCAGUCAAGUUUACAUCUGAAAGAAGAGGAAUUAAAAAAAGCUUUUCAAACACGUGAAGACUUAAUUGCACAGCUCACCACGGAAAAAACCAGGACACAACAACAGACUCAAUUCAUCAAAAGACUUCAACGGAAGCUUCUUCUCAUUUCUAAGGAGAGAGAUAUGUAUCAGGGAUUGAUAGACUCGUAUCAGAGUGAGGUCACAGUCAACAUGUCCAUGAUUGCAUCAUCACGGAUCCAACAGUUAGAGGAGACGCUGGAGGGAUACAGGAAACAGAUGGAAUCAAUGGAGGCGGAGCUCACUAAGACACCUCCAGAAACAAUGGCUACCAGUAAACAGACAACAUCCAGUGUGGGCCCUCAGACUCAGGAAAAAUGUGACCAAAAUCUUAUCUUGGAGUUAAGGGAAAGAAUAGCAUUCUUAGAAAAAGAGCUUGAGAAAACAAUGGAAGAGAAAUAUACUUUGGAGGCUCGGAUAGAACAGAAACAUCUACAGGGAGACUUUGAUCCCACCAAACUGAAGGUUCUACAUUUCUCAAUGAACCCAGCAGCUUUGGCCCAGAGAAAGAGAGCAGAUGAAUUAAAGAACUUGAAGGAAGAAAAUGAGCGCUUAAGGAAGAGAUUGGAAGUGUUGGAAGAAUCAAAAGGCCAGGCUCAAGAUGUAACACUGCAGGUAGAACAGAAAAUGUCUGAGCCCUCCUCCUCCAGAGAAGUGGAAGAAAUGAAGAAAAUGCUGGAGACGGAGGAAUUAAAAAACAAGAGGCUGUUGGAAGUGUUUAAAAAGACAAGCCAGGAGUUCAGGGAAGUCUGUUAUCAACUAAUGGGUUAUAAAAUAGACAUACCAUGUGCAAACAAGUACAAAAUUACCAGUAUGUAUGCAGAAUCACCAGAGGACUUCUUCAUGUUUGAGCAAUCUUCAGAUGGAAAAGUUCAAUUCCUAGCAACAGACUUCGCAGAAACCCUGCAGGAUCAUAUAGAGACAUACAUCUCUAAGAAUAACUCUAUUCCAGCCUUCCUCAGUGCUGUAACUCUAGAGUUACUAAGUCGACAGACCUUCGCUGUCUGAUGAAGACUUCUGUUAAUGUUCUACAAUCUUCUAAUACGUUAUAAUCUAUAUUAAAAUAAAAUGUAUGAGAACUUUU